GGGAUGAAUGAAGAAUGGGCAGCCAUUGAUUUGUGAGGGAGUGAGUAAAUAACGGGCAGCCAUUGAUUUUGUAAUCAGGUAUGGCGAUAUUAAUACACCUCCUCCAUUAUUUCUUAAUCGCCCUCCAUGUUCGUCACUGACAUAAAUAGGUAAUUUGCAUGUUCGUGAAUUUCGAUCGUGCGAAUUGCGCAUUGAAACGUGAUCAAACUUGCGAACUGCAAUCAUGAGUGACAAUAGGUCAGCAUCUCUUGAACGCCCAUAUAGGCCAAGUCUUGAGAAUAUCGACAUUUCCGAGGAUGAGAGGAAAACUAGGCUCGGGUCUCUCAAGAAAGUGGCAAUUAGUGCCUCGAGCAAAUUCAGGCACUCUUUGACUAAAAAGGGCCGGCGUAACAGUCGAGUUAUGUCCGUUGUGUUUGAGGACGAGCAUGAUGCGGAGGAAAUACAAGCUGUGGAUGCCUUGCGCCAGGUACUUAUCCUGGAAGAGUUACUCCCUGCAAAACAUGAUGAUUAUCAUAUGCUGCUAAGGUUUUUGAGGGCCAGGAAAUUUGAUAUCGAGAAAACAAAGCAAAUGUGGGCUGAUAUGAUUCACUGGAGGAAGGACUUUGGUUCUGACACCAUUAUGGAGGACUUUGAAUUUAAGGAGAAAGAAGAGGUUCUCAAAUACUAUCCACAAGGGCAUCACGGUGUGGACAAAGAUGGUCGACCGGUUUACAUCGAGAAACUUGGUCAAGUCGAUCCAACCAAGCUCCUUCAAGUCACAACAAUGGAUCGCUAUGUUAAAUAUCAUGUCCAGGAGUUUGAGAGGACCUUCAUUGAUAAGUUCCCUGCCUGUUCCAUUUCAGCCAAAAAGCACAUUGACCAGAGCACAACCAUCUUGGAUGUCCAAGGAGUGGGACUGAAAAAUUUCAAUAAGGCUGCCCGUGACCUCAUUCAGCGUCUUCAGAAGAUCGAUGGUGAUAAUUACCCUGAGACCCUUUGUCGCAUGUACAUUAUCAAUGCAGGCUCCGGGUUUAGGCUCUUGUGGAACACUGUUAAGUCAUUCCUCGACCCGAAAACCACUGCCAAGAUCCAUGUUUUGGGUAACAAAUACCAGAGCAAGCUGCUUGAGGUCAUUGAUGCAAGUGAGCUGCCAGAGUUCUUGGGUGGCACAUGCACUUGUGCCGAUAAGGGUGGUUGUAUGCUCUCGGACAAGGGCCCUUGGAACGACCCUGAAAUUAUGAAGAUGGUCCGCAAUGGUGAACACAAAUGCUCGAACAAAAUUGUCAUUUCAACUUCGGAUGAAAAGGCAGAUUCUCAAACCGUUGCACGCUCACAGCUCACUAGUGUUCGUGAAGAAGCAAACAACAACUGCCCCAGCCCAGAUGCUCCUGCUAAAUAUCAACCCACUGUUGACAAGGCCGUUACUGCUAGUUGGCCAAAAGCAGCAAAAGGUGACAACUAUGCUGUCUCUAAAGCCACAGAUUAUUACCCUCGGCACAAUGCUUGUAAGACUUCCGACGGACUUAGCAACCAUCUCUUUACUGGAGUGAUGACCUUUGUUAUGGGCGUAGUUACUAUGAUUCGCAUGACUCGCAACAUGCCAAAGAAACUCACAGAUGCCACCCUCUAUUCUAGUUCGAUGUACAGUGACGACAUCAAAGGUCAGUCACACGGCUACAACAUGCCCACUAUCUCCAGUGAGGAUUACUUCAUCAUGAUGAAGCGUGUUAACGAACUAGAGGAGAAGGUGAGCGUCCUCGUGAACAAGCCAGCAUCCAUGCCACCGGAGAAAGAGGAAAUGCUCAAUACUGCCUUGAAGCGUGUUGACACAUUGGAGCAAGAGCUUUUAAAAACCAAAAAGAGUCUCGAGGAUGCUCUGGUUCGACAAGAGGAACUCCUUGCCUACGUUGAGAAGAAGAAGAAGAAGAAGAAGUUCUUCGCUUUCUGAAUGAAGAAAUGAUAAUGAUUAUCAGAUUAUAGUGCUGAUUCUUGUAGAGAUGGUGUUUCUUUUAGCCUCUCAAAACAACUCAACCCUCUGGACUCCAGAUCUUUCUGCUCUGUUUUUUCUUGUGAACUGUUUAAGUUUUAACCUUGUGUAAAUAGCACGAUACGCUGUUUGUAUUAUAGCAAGCAAAUUGCUUGUGUCUUCUGUAUUGAAUUUUAUGCAACCAUUGAUAGGCCAUGGUUCUUCUUGCUGACCUCGGCAUUUUCGGCUCUUGUUCCAAACUCUGAUGAGAAAAGGUUGCCUGGAUAAAGGCUUGUUCAAAAUAUCGUUUUGCUUGCAUGCUGAA